AUGUUGGGGGCAUGCUGUUCAAAAGAUCUCAUUUCAUGGACGACCACAGAUACUCCAUGGCUCGACCCAGAUCAAGUCUACGACAAAUGUGGCGUCUUCACCGGCUGCCUAGUACCAGUUGAUUUAGACGGGAGUAAAAAUGGAGUCUUGACCGCCUUUUAUACGUCCGUUAGCCAGUUACCAAUUCACUACACACGGCAGUACAACUAUGGUAGUGAAACAUUGAGUCUCGCAAUAUCAAAAGAUUCGGGGAAGACAUGGCAAAAGCAAUCUUGCAAUCCGAUACUUCCAGGACCACCUCUGGACCUGCAAGUCACAGGCUGGCGAGAUCCAUUUGUGGCUUCUUGGCCCUCUUUGGACAAGCUUUUAGAAAAUGAGGGGGAGGAUGUUCUUUAUGGCAUCAUCUCCGGAGGCAUCCUCAACAAGUCGCCCACAACAUUUCUCUACUCAAUCAAGGGGAAUGACCUCACAAGCUGGAGGAGUCUUGGUCCGCUCUUUGAUGUGGGAAUUAACCGGUAUCUAUCUCGCUGGUCCGGCGAUCUUGGAAAGAACUUGGAGGUCACGAACUUCAUCACUUUAGACGAUAGGAACGGCGGGUCCAUGGAAGUUAUUAUUAUAGGAGUUGAGGGUGGAGAGUCGCAAAACCACCCCUGUUUUGGAAAGCUCCCACGACAUGUCGAAACGCGUCUGUCGCGAUCCCAGUUGUGGUUGUCGGGCUCAUUCCAAACUCCCAAGACUUCGACUAGAGCAAUACAAAGCGUUGACAUGACAUACGAAUUUGGUGGAUACCUUGAUCAUGGAUCUUACUAUGCCGCAAACUCUUUCUGGGAUCCGAACGCACGGAAGCAAGUGGUCUUUGGAUGGGUUACUGAGGAUGAUCUACCAGAUGACGUGCGUAAGCAGCAAGGCUGGUCCGGAGCACUCUCGUUGCCGCGUACUAUUGCUAUUCAGACUCUCAAAAGAGUCGUCAGAGCUCGGGCUUCACCAGUUGAGAGCAUUACUUCUUUUCAGGCCACGGUAGACAAUCAUGGAACUUUCACAUUGAGAACACUUCAGAUAAAGCCUCAUCCCCAGCUCGAGAAACUGCGGCGGCCAGACCUCGAAAUCGCACUACGGCCUCGCGAUAUUUAUUCUUCUGGACUAUUUGGAUUUGAUCAGCAGUGCUUUCUUCCUGUGGGGACUUCCCAAUGGGAAAUGCAAUGUCAGAUCACUGUCGGCCAGGAAUGUACUCGAGUAGGGUUUUGCAUUGGACAUUCUGAAGAUUUUGUGUCAUACACCAAACUGUUCUAUGAUAUCUCCGAAGAUAACUUUAUGACUGACAGAAGCCGUGUUGUCUGCGUUGAUCAGAAUGUCUCACUCGCGCCAGAGGUUGCCCCUUUUACCAUAUUUUCCCAGCACGAUCCGGAAACUGAUACGACAUUAGAGGAGACUUUGAAUAUAAGAGCUUUUCUCGAUUCAAGCAUUUUGGAGGUCUUUGUCAAUGAUAGAACAGUGAUUACAACAAGGAUCUAUUCCACCGCAGCGAAUUGUUUUGGCCUAGGUUUCUUUGCUGAGGGUGAUAGCAAGACGCGAAUGGCAUUGGCAAGGAUGCUGGACUGUCAGGUCUGGGAUGGAAUUGGAGUCAGGUCAUAA